AUGGCUCCCUGGAUGGAUGACUGGAUGGUAGAGGACCCUAUUAGGUUGGAAGGCAACAAGACAGGGGACAACAAGCGUAGAUCCUACCAAGAAGCUAUUUCAAAUGACAGCAACACGGAUACCCAGGGGUUGGAAGAGGAAGAUGGUUGGUGGUACGGCAAAGGAUGGAAGUUGAGGAUUAAAGUGGAGCAAAUGGUGAAGGGGCCGAAUAUAGUGCUGCUUCCAGAAUUCAAGAGAAGACUAGCUAAACGUCAGAGGAGGUCAUUGAUCGUCACAGUCUUCGAACGAAUGGUCAGGGAAGACAUCCUAGACAAGAAGGUGAAUCAACUAUGGGGGGAAGCAGAAACCAUUGACAUAGGUUCGGGUUUCUUCAUGGUCAACUAUAAACGGACAGAAUCUUAUGACUUAGCCUUGACUGGGGGACCAUGGUUGAUUUUCGACCACUAUAUCAAUGUCCAAUCAUGGAAGGAGGAUUUUGAUCCAAAUGAGGAGGUGGUGACUAAAAUAGCCAGACGGGUUGGGGUAGCUAAGCUACCAUUGAACUACUACGACAUAGGUAUUCUGCAUGUAGUGGGAAGUCAGAUUGGCCCGGUACUGAAAAUAGAUAAUACAACGCUGCGAAAAACCAAAGGUUGGUUUGCAAGAAUGUGCAUCCACCUGGACCUUCAAAACCUCUCCUCCCAUGUGUCCUGA